AUGGCAACUUUGGAAGGGAGUGCACAGGGUGUUGAGCAGGGCAUUAGUUUGGGUGAUCUUCAAGGCAGUGGAAAUGUUUUUGCUGGUAGAGGGGGGAAUGUCAGGACUAGAGGUGGAAAUGUGUCUGGUAGAGGUAGUAAUGUAAGGACUAGAGGUGGAAAUGUGACUGGUAGAGGUAGUAGAGUGGGGAAUGUAAGAACCAGAGGGGGUUAUGUGUCUGGUAGAGGAUCUAAUUCGUCUAGUAUAGGAUCUAAUGCUGCUGGUAGAGGAUCUAAUGCUGGUGAGAGUGAGGGCAAUGGUAAUGUUGAGGGCAAUGGUAAUGUUGAGGUUAAUGUUGAUGUUGAGGAGGAACCACUUAUCAAGGAUGUUUAUGAAUCUGAUAAUGAGGACAUCCUAUUGUUUGAUAAUGAUAGUGAUGGGGAAGUAAGAAUGAGGGCAAGUGGAAAUCCUAAAUUUAUACAUGAUGAGAAUAGUAAGGAGUAUGCCUUUGAGCUUGGGAUGGAUUUCCCUACUCUUAUGGACUUUAAGGAUGUUGUUAGGAGUUACGCAAUUGAAGGAGGGUAUCCGAUAACAUUUGAAAGGAAUGAGAAGUUAAGAGUGCAAGCUAAGUGUGAUGUGGGCUGCCCAUGGGUCAUUUGGUGCUCUAAAAUUACUGGAGAGGCGACAUAUCAAAUCAAGACAUAUGUUAGCAAACACAUGUGCACUAGAACAUUAGACAACAAACAAGCAAGCAGUACAUGGCUUGCUAGGAAAUUGAUAGACAAGAUAAGAGGAGAACCAAACAUUAGUGCUGCUAAUUUGGUGACUUAUGUCAAGGAAAAUCUAUCUUUGGAAAUAUCAAGAACUCAUGCUUAUAGGGCGAAGAAGAAAGCACUGGAAAGCAUAGAUGGGAAUCAUCAACAACAAUAUUCUCAGUUAAGGACUUUGAAAGCUGGCUUCCUAGAAGGGCGUAGGCCUUUGAUUGGGUUGGAUGGAUGUUUUCUUAAAACAGGGUAUGGUGGUCAACUACUAACUGUUGUGUCACAGGAUGGGGCUAAUGGGAUAUUUCCCAUUGCUUGGACAGUGGUUGAAAGGGAGAAUGGAGAUUCAUUGGAGUGGUUCUUGAGGAAGUUAUUGUUGGAUAUUGGAGGCUUUGAUGCAAAGAGAUGGUGCUUCAUUUCUGACAGACAGAAGGGUUUAGUUCAAGCAAUUGAAAGGCUGUCAGAAACAUUCCAGCAAGGUAUAGAGCAUCGUUUCUGUGUUAGGCAUAUCUAUCCCAACUUCAGCAAAAGGUGGCCCGGGACUCAAUUCAGAAAAUUGGUAUAUGAUUGUGCUAAAUCAACAACAAUGCUAGUCUUUGAGAGACAAAUGCAGAAGAUUAGAGAUAUUGAUGAGGAAGCUUGGAAAUAUUUGAAUGACAUUCAACCUUGCUUAUGGACAAGAGCAUGA